AUGCCCACAAUUCGUCUUAAAGUUCAAAUUGAGAAUAAUAAUUCAUCGAGAAAAUCUUCCUUGACACCAUUAAAAUUUAUCUAUGUUCUCGAUUUCUCGUUGACUACAACUAUUGAUGAACUCAUCCAUUUACUGGAGAAUUAUAUCAUUCGACAAUUUUCCAUGAGAAAUCUUCGUCUGGUUCAAUUGCUGACUGAUGAUGGAUAUCUUUUAUCCAAUGACCAGAUUUGUGCCACUGUACUGAAUGAUAAUGAUCGAAUUGUUUGUUGUGAUAUGAGCCGAUUCGUACAGGAAAAUUAUCCGACAUUGAAUCUCAAUGAUUUAUGGUGUGAAAUCAUCCAACAUGAUGCAAGUGAUAACCUAGAAAAGAGAAUUGAAGUUGGCAUCACUAAUCUCGAGAAAUUAUUCAUACGCAUCUAUGGAUCUUCGAACGAUUACGGACUUUACAUAUUCAAUGUAUUUCAAUUGAUUAAAAUUGCCAGUGAAAAAAGUCAGCAGAAACAAAUGAUCGCUCGAUUCGAUCAUUCAGAUUGGUUCAUUGAAGCAAAAUGGGAAUAUGAUACAGUCUCCAAUACUGUCUUGCACUUGAUAUGCAGUAUGAAACUUGGGUCGGCUGAGCAGAUUUGGUCGAAUAAACUGAGUUUGUUACUCGAUGAAUCACGAAUGAUUAUUGAAAAAGGCGAUUUGAUUUCUUUGUCAAAACCUGACAAUGACAAUUUCACUGAUGAACAACGCAAGAUUCUAAAAGAAUUGGCAUCGAACAUUCCGCCACCACAACGAUCAGGUCCUGAAAUUGAUGUCGAUCGAGAUCGAAACAAAAGCAUUACAAAACAUGAAUGUCUAGGAGAAUCGUCGAUUCAAAUGGCAUACGGUGGUACUAAUACAGUAACAACAUAUCAGGAUAGCCGGCUAUCUGCGGAGGGAACAUUUCGGCAAAAUUUCAAUAUUACUCAUAUCAAUUUCACUCGAAAAGCAAAUAGUACAUCUUCGGAAAAAGCAUUAACGGUAAUGAAAUUCAAUAUUUUAUAUCAAACAAAUGAUGGAUCUUGGUGUGACUGUGAGGAUAUCGCAAUUGCACCGAUUGCAUUACGAGAUGAAGAACCAAAAUGGUUAGCUGAUUCCAGCAUUCAGAUCGAGCCAGAUAAAUUAAUGUCCAUUGCGAUCAAAGGUUCAAUACGUGUGAAAGGCAAACCUGGCCAAGACAAUUUUCAACGAAAACGUAUGCAUAGGACUUUACCACAACCAUUGAAAUUGAAAAUAGUUAUACAAGAUAAUUUCAAUAAACAAUCUUCGUUAAUUGUCGAACAAUUAAACAAACCAGUGGAAUACGAUACAUCUGAAUCAUUUAUUAAAUAUAAUCAAUCGUCUAUUUAUCAGUUCGUCGCAUUCGUUUAUGCAGAUGAUUGUGAAUGCGACGAACGAAUUUUCAUGGGGAUCUAUAUUGAUAACGAACAUCAACUAGUGAUUACAUCCGGAAAUUCUUAUUCAAUAUCAUUAGGUAGGAAAAACAUUCGAACAAUGGAAUAUAAUGCUAGACAAACAAAUACAACUGAAAUGUCGUUCGAUUCGAUUUAUCACAAAGAUGAAAAUGAGGAGAAGAAAGCUAUUGCUCUAUUCGAUCCUAAAACAUUUAUAUUAUAUGCAAUUCGAUUGGAAAUUACAACAAGAACGUCCAAAACUGAACAAACUAAUCUUUUACCAUUAGAAGAGAUCAACUAA